CAGCAUUUCAUUGCAGCGCCGUUUGGCUACAACUGAAUAGAGGAAGGGAACAGUUUGUCCCACCGGCGUUUUAUUUAGCCACAGAAGGUCGUUCGCAGCUGGGCGGUAUUUCACAAUACUUAAAACCAAACCAAAACUAAACUAAAUAACUUAAAUGUAUAGCAAGUUUGUAGCUCGAAACGUGAGGUUAUGUGAGUACUGCUGAAAACAAAUAGAGGAACGCGGCUGUAAGUCGCGUUUGGUCCAUGGAUGUUAUGAAACCUUGCUAGCAAUUGUUACGCUAGCUAGCGGCUGACAGCUCUAGCUAAAAGCGGCAGGAGACGCUAAGUGACGGUAGUCAACUAGCCAGCGAAUGCUAUUUAUUCUGGGUAGUCAGUUAGCUACUAACGCUACGUGUGAAUUUGCAUACCCGUACUGAAACAGGGUGUUUGGUCUGGAACAUUAAAGCCCGGUCUAGUUGGACACCGGGCUUAGCUUUUCCAAACCCCAGGGUCUCCCUUCCUUGAACUGAGUGGCUGGUUUGAUGGCAGCCACGGCAGGUGCCCGGCGUUUUCCCAUGGGUGCGCGGACGUUUAGUGACUUUCUCCAGAUUGCCACUGUGGGCAGCCCUCGCUCGUGUCGUGGAGCGUUGCCAAGAGGAUGCCUGCGACAAAACAUCAGACACUUGUCGUCAUGUGGCAUUUUGAUGACGAGAACUCCCAGAGUGCUUUGCCUCCAAGACUGGGACACAAUGACAGCUGUUCCCCAAAGCAGAAACUUCAUCAGUUUCACCAACAAAAGGAAGGAGUACUCCGAGCGUAGGAUACUUGGCUUUUCGAUGCAGGAAAUGUAUGAUGUGGUGGCCAAUGUUGACGACUACAAGAACUUUGUGCCCUGGUGUAAGAAGUCGCAGACCAUCAUGAAAAGAGCAGGCCAUUCCAAAGCCCAACUUGAAGUGGGAUUCCCUCCAGUGGUUGAGAAAUACACGUCUAUGAUCUCUAGUGUUCGGCCUCAUCUAGUCAAAGCAGUGUGUACAGACGGAAAGCUGUUCAAUCACCUGGAGACAAUAUGGCGCUUUAGUCCCGGCAUUCCUGGUUACCCUCGCACCUGCACGGUAGACUUUUCUAUAUCCUUUGAGUUCCGCUCUUUGCUGCACUCCCAGUUAGCCACCAUGUUCUUCGAUGAGGUUGUAAAGCAGAAUGUCGCUGCGUUUGAGCGGCGAGCCAGUAAGCUCUACGGCCCAGAGACUCGUAUCCCACGAGAGCUGAUGUUUCACGAGGUGCAUCAGACGUGAUCUCGGCAGCUGUAUGUUCUCAUCUGGCCUUAAACCAUAACAACCUUUUUAUUCCCUUUAUCCACGCCAACUUGCAUGAUGCUACUCAGUCGCCCAUAACUUUGAGUCUCCACCGCUACAUAGAUAUCAUAGCUCCUCUAGAUGUUAGACAUCCAACUCUUGGACUUCCUGCAUCAACACAUUCUUGCUUAUCUCCUCCUUGUGUAAAGUCUGUCCACUUUUCUGUCUACCUCCACUUACGGGAUCGUUGUUUAGCAAAAGCAACCCACCAUUGCUCUCGCUCCAUGGCAGUUACUAGCUGUAUUUAUGGAAACCAAACAGUAAAUCCUUGCAACAACAUGUUACCAAUGGCAGAGAGUCGAUUAUUAUUUUAAGCAAACACCACUCUGACACUGACCAAAACUCUUUUAUUUAUUUUUUAUAGAAAAAGGCACAGACUUUCUUUCAACAGGGAUCAAGUCUAUAUAUAUAUAGUUCACUUUAAACUCAAGGUUAUGUGCCGCACUGACACGUUAUCAAGUCAAAGUGUGUCUAGUUUUAAAUUAACGUAAGCACCUUGAUAAGCUGCCUUUACUUUAUUAGGAAAGCAUAUUUUUUGCCUUUUACUUUUACCAUUUACAUUUAUAUCAAAUUGAAGUUUUAAUUUAUUGUUCAUAGUAGGUAACCUGGUGCAAAAUGAUAAUUAAUUUCCUCCUUUUUGAUGUGUGGCUAUUUGCAAAUUGUUACUGUUAUAUUUGGGUUCAAUUAAAUGUGCCAUGUUUGAGACGUAGAGGGUUUUCACUGUAUGUUGUGACCGUAGCAUAGAAGUGCAACGUUUUGCAAAAGGGGGAAAAAAAGGUCAUUUCUUCAUUAGUUAGCUGUGCCCUCAAUUCACUUUGAGGGCAAUGGGAAAUGUUGGUUUUAAUUUGUCGUGCUGUGAGAAUUGUGUUUUUGGACAUUAAGUCUUGGCCUGCCAAUUUUAAUAUUACCUUAUUUUACAGCCCAGCACUAGUAACACUUUAGUGAUUAACAGAGGUGAUUUUAACUUUGCACAAACAAGAGCACCUGACACGCUAGAGAGUACUGUGAAAUACUGUAUAUGGGAUUAACUACAAUGUCACAGAUCGUAUAGGAGAACUACAGCUUUAUAUUAGAUAAAUAUCUAGUUUUCAGACGGUCACUGAAUGAGCUGCUUUAAAUCCUGGACAUUGCAUUGGUAAUCUGAUUUGCAGUAGGUCCCAGUUCUAGAAUCCUCUUGAUUACUGCAGCGAUAAUAAGCACUUUGUAGUACAUUCUGUAAAAGUUCCCCUGCUCUACUUUUUGUAUUUUACAGUCCAUCUUCUAAUGGUCAUCAGGAAGAUGUUACUUUACUGUCAUGUACAGUGUUGGUAUAAAAUACACCGAUAGGCUGUAGAAUAAAGCAUCAUCAAUCAUUUCUCAUUGUCUAUGGGUUUCAUGCUUACUUUUUAACAAGGUUUAGCUUUUACUUGUAUUCAUCAUUGUGCAUGGAUGUAACUAACAGAGGCAAAACGAGCGUUUACGUGUUGCAUUGUUCAUGCAUGAAUACAUUUAGAUGGGAUUUAUGUUUCAUAUAUCAGUAGCCCAUGGCUUUAUUCCAUGACAAAGGGCUCAUAAAGUUUGAUUGUAUUUGCCAUUUUUAGAGCUGUGCUUUACACAGUGUUCUUCAUAAUAGGCAGUUAAUUAUAUCCACAUGCUCCAAGCUGGAUUUUGGCUUCAAAGUUAAUGUGGUUUCUUUUCUCUCUUAGUUAGGCGAUUAGAAAUGAACGGUUAGUCAAUCAUCAUUGCAUGAAAACUGUUUAUUAAAACAAAAAUGGUGUACAAUUCACUGUUGUUAACAAAAAAAAAAAAAAAAAAUUAAAAAGAAAUUCUAACUU